UCUAACAAUAUUACAAUAAAAAUGGUAAAUACUUCCGAUAUAUUUAUCGCUGGAGUAAAGUCAGGUCAAAUUUGGGAAAAGACUGAGAAAAAGAAAAAACAAACUCAAAAGGAUAAUGAUUAUGAAAUCGAAGUAUUAAUUGAAGAAAAACCCGAAGGCGAAGAGGAGGUUGAAAAUGUAUAUGGAUUAUUAUUAAACAUUAUAAAUGCUCAUCGACCUCGAAAAAAUCAAGUUAAAGGAACCAUUAAUCGACCUGUUGCAUUUGGAUGUUUUUGCUUUGCUCCGGUAAAUCAAAAUGGAAAUGGAUUCCAAUCAGGAUUUCAUGAUGGUCCAAGCAUGUUAGAAGAAGCGAUUAAUGGAACAUUAUUAAUGGCUGCAGCUGAUCAACGUGGAUGUGUCAUGUCUUUUGAUUUUGGUUCUAAUAAGUUUUGGCAGGUUGCUCGAUUAGGUAUAGCGGUUUCUACUAUUGCAUUUACUCCUUUGGUUCGAAGUGAAUUGGUUGUGGCAUUUACUGAUAAUUCUAUAAGAUGUUAUAAUAUUGAAACUCGUCAACUUAUUGCUGAAGCCAGAAGUCAUCGAAAUCCAGUUAAUUGGAUAUCAAUGCAUCCGAAACAACAUUGGGUUAUUACCAGUACAAAGUCGGAAGCGAUAUUGUGGGAUAUGGCAUACUGGUCUAAGCAAAAAGUAUUGGAUCAUAACAAAGAAGGUGCCACUUUAAGACGUGCUGCAUUCUCUCCGCAAGGAGAAUAUAUUAUUUCAAGUUUCUUUGAUGAGUCGAUAUGUAUUUGGGAUAGCGGAUCUUUUGAUUUGUUAUGGAAGUUACUUACCCCGACACGAAUAUCGGAUCAGUUACUAAGUUUUAGUAAUACGUUUGAUCAUGCAUGUAGAAUAACAACAAUGUCGAAAGAUGGUAGAAUAAUCUUAGUUGCUGGCAAAAAAACUAUACUUGUUUGGGAUUUUGAUACAAAAAAUUUAAUUCGAAAUAUAAGUCUUAAAUCUAUAAUUGAAGGUGAAAUUACGAAACUCGAACCGAUUCAUGAUGAUGCAGAUCUUUUAGUUUCUUCUUCAGAUGGGCGACUUCUGAUUAUUGACAUUUUUCAGAGUGAUUCUCAAAUUUAUCAUCUUAAUGUGCAACAUCCUAUUAAAUUUUUUGAAAUUUCUCCCGAUGGGAAAUUUAUCGUGACAAAUUCAAUCGAAGAAAAAGCAAUCUUAAAGAUUUGGGAUUUGGAAGUUUUAAUAUCUGAUACUCUUCAACACCAAUAUUAUGAUUUUUCUAUUUCGAAAAGUAUACAUCCAUUAAAAUACACCGAAUUUCGAAUACCGUCGUCGUCUAAUUUUAAUCUUCCUUCUCUCGGAGCCACUUCUGAAGAGGAAGAAAUCUCCGAAUUGUUUCUGGAUCAGGAACCUACAGUAAAAAAGGAUCCAAAGGCGAGAAAAGAGCUAAUUGAACCAACCAAUGUAUCUCCAGUGACUAUUCCAAUGACUAUUCCAGUUCCUCAAGAAACGAUAUCCACUAUUUCAAGGAGGUCUUCGAUAUCCUCUAUGGAAUCUAUAAAUUUGCAGGGAUUAUCCUCCGCUUCAAGGGAAGAGAGAAGAGAGAGAUUGAUUGAAAAAUUACAUCAAUUAGGAAGAUACCCUGAUAAGUAUAGAACACGCAUAUGGCGUAUAUUACUAGGUAUUCCUCAAAAUCAACAAGCUUUCAAAGAAAUAACUAGCAAAGGUGUAGAUCCCGCUAUUAAGGCUUUAUUGUCAAAAAAUCUUAAGUCGAGUGAUUCUAAACAACGAAAGAUUAUAGAUUUAUUGGAACAGUUUUUAUCAUCGUUGAUUAGAUUAGGAUAUGAUCGACGAAUAACAAUUGAAUGGAUAUUCCAUAUGAUAUAUCCAUUCGUAGAAUUGUUAUUUGAUACAAACGAAACUUUGUCGUUUGAAAUAAUUCUAAGUAUACUAUUUAAUUGGUAUCAACAUUAUUGGGACGAAUUUCCAAAUCCUUCAACCAAAAUUAUGAACGUUAUAAGUGUAUUAUUGGAAUAUUGGGACAAUGAACUAUAUACUCAUUUAUUGUCUUAUAAUAUAAAAAUUCAGGACUAUGCGUGGACAAUGAUUAAAUGCAGCUUUGCAAGAAUACUAACGAGAGAAGAUUGGUUAGAAUUAUGGGAUCAUUUAUUAUCAAAUGAUGAACCAUCAUUUAUGUAUUUUUUUCUAAUCGCUUAUAUAUUGAUAGCGAGGGAUGUUUUAUUGGGUAUGACUAGUAAGAGACAAGUUUCGGAAUUUUUUACCCGAGCAAAUAUUGUAAAUAUUUCUAAGGUUCUUGAAAUAUCUCAUAAAUUAGAAAAAGAGACGCCAUUGUCUAUAUCACCAAAAUUUGAUAUUGGUAGAUAUAAACCUUUAUCAAAAUAUGGUAAGGAAUAUAAAUUAGAUUAUAAUGCUAGUUUAACUUAUCAUAGAAAUCAACAAGAUGAUAUAAGAGAUUGGAUAUUGGAACAAGAAAAAGAAAUUAUAAAGAAAAGAACUGAAGGUUCCGGCAUUGUAAGACGAUUAUUUCCUUCAAAAGUAUAAUAUUUAAUGGACUUUGUGAGAUUUGAGAUAUUUGUACUGUAUAUAUUUGUUUUUUUAAAAGUUUUUGUUUAUAUUUUUGCUAGUAUAUAUAGAUCCCAUUUAUAUUUUUUUUUUUGACAACUCAUUCAUUGUUUUUGAAUGUUUGUAAUAUAUUUUUUCUUAAUAUAGAAGUAAAGAAUUUUACAAAAAGUUUAUGGUUAGUAAUUAAUUAAUUGAUUUAGAAAAUAGUAUAUCCACAAUAAUACUUUAAAGGUAAAAGUAAGAUGACUAUUUUUGGAGGAUACUGUAUGCAGUGGCCAACGGUAAUGAGACUAUGCAACUAUCUCAAUUUCAUGCUGUUUACAUUUAAUAAA